CCUUCCCAGCGCGUUACACCUUCGCCUCUCGAUAUCAUGACGUAGAGCGUAUCGCUGUGAGGAGCGUGAGGGGAGGUCACUCCAAAUUGUUUUUUUCUGUGGACUUGAAAAAUGAAUCCUAAAUUUCAGACAGAAUAUAAACAAAAUCGCCCCAAGGGCAAUAUAUCGAAAGGUCACAAGGGGAAAUUCAAGAAGCAGCAUUACACACGAAAGCCAAGACUAGCGGAUGUUACCGACAGUGAGAUCGCCGAGUUGAAAUCUCGGUAUAAGUUUAUUGUUCCUGGAAAUAUUGAGACCUUUGCUGAUCUGCCAUUGUGUGAAAGGACACUGAAAGGUUUGGAUCACGCCAAGUAUACAUCCCCCACAGAAAUCCAGCGGGAAUCCAUCGGCCUCGCCCUCCAAGGACUGGACAUCUUAGGGGCAGCCCAGACAGGAUCAGGGAAAACCUUGGCAUUUCUCCUACCUGUGUUGGAGUGCCUGUACAGACAGAAAUGGAGUUCCAUGGAUGGGAUGGGAGCCUUGAUUAUCUCCCCUACACGGGAGCUGGCAUACCAGACUUUCGAGGUGCUCCGGAAGAUUGGCAAGUUACAUGACUUCUCAGCUGGUCUUGUUAUUGGUGGCAAGCAUCUGAAGGAGGAGUCUGAGCGUAUCAACCAGACGAAUAUCGUGAUCUGUACGCCAGGGCGACUACUGCAGCACAUGGAUGAGACUGUCAACUUUACAGCAGAUGCUCUGCAGAUACUAGUGUUGGAUGAAGCCGAUCGAAUUCUGGACAUGGGUUUUGCUCAGACCAUGAAUGCCAUCAUAGAGAAUCUGCCUGCAGAAAGACAAACCCUUCUCUUCUCUGCCACACAGACCAAGUCGGUGAAAGACCUUGCACGCCUGAGUCUGGCCAACCCCAUGUACGUGUCUGUCCAUGAACACUCCCAACACAGCACUCCAGCCAAACUGACACAGAGCUACAUUGUCUGUGAGCUGCAUGAGAAACUUGGUAUGCUGUGGUCAUUUGUCAAGAAUCACCUCAAGUCCAAGGUUCUGGUCUUCCUGUCCUGCUGCAAGGAGGUGAAAUAUAUUUAUGAGGCGUUCAAGCGUAUGCGGCCAGGCGUGACUGUGUUGUGUCUCCAUGGGGCCAUGAACCAGCUGAGGAGGGUGGAGGUGUAUAACUCCUUCUGCCGGAAACACAAUGCUCUGCUGCUGGCUACCGAUGUUGCUGCCAGGGGACUGGAUUUCCCCGCUGUGAACUGGGUUGUGCAGCUGGACUGCCCUGAGGAUGCAAACACCUACAUCCACCGAGCCGGACGCACAGCCAGGUACGAGAAGGAUGGCGAGGCAUUGCUGGUGUUGCUGCCGUCGGAGGAGGAUGCUAUGGUGCAGCAGCUGCAGGACAAGAAGAUACCUGUCAACAGAAUCAAGGUGAACACCAAGAAGCUGAGCAGUGUGCAGCCCAAGCUGGAGUCGCUGUGUGCCGCUGAACCUGCACUGAAGGAGAUUGCUCAGAGGGCGUUCGUUGCCUACCUGCGUGGGGUCUUCCUUAUGAGCAACAAGGCUGUGUUUGAUGUCAGCAAGUUGGACAUUGACAAAUUUGCCAGAUCGCUGGGCUUGGCUGUUGUGCCGCGAGUGAGAUUCUUGCAGCGAGAUCAGAAGCGGCGCCAGGAACGACUUCAAGACAAGCAUCAGGAAAAGCAGAAGACAAGUACCAAGGUGUUGAUGAGGGCCACACAUGCCGCCACUGGGACAUCAGGGAGGGAGGGUCGUCCUGAGGGCUCCUCCAGCGCUUCAUCGGGGGAUGAGGAUGAGGGCAAUCUGCAGCAGAUAAUUCAAAGAAAGUUUAAUGAGUCGUCUACUAGCAUGCAGGGAAAUCAACACGUUUUGAAAUCUUUGAUAAGUAAUAGGACUUCUGAUACAUCAGAAAGUGAGGAUGGUGAAACAGACAAAGAUGAAAGUGAAGACAGUGAUGUUGAGUCUCAUUCUGAUGAUGAUUCAGAGGAAGAAAGUGAAGACAGUGAUGUAGAGUCUCAUUCAGAUAAAGAGGCAGAAAGGACUAACAUGAAUGCUAAAGUCAAGUCUCGGAAGACUGAUCGUAGUGUACCUUUUAGAUUUGAUGUGGAUGACGACGAUGAUCUGUUUAGAGUUAAACGCACAAUACAUGUGGAGGAUGAAGACAGUGAGGAUGAGAUGGUGACGAGGAAGAAAGAAAGCCUUGCCAAGAAGAAACCCACAACGAAAGCAAAAGCUGUAAAGAAACUGCUUAAGAAAAACAUCCAACUUAAUACCAAGGUCAAGUUUGAUGAAGCAGGGGAGGAAGUUUCUGACAUCUACAAGAAGCCACAAGUGAAAAAGAUAUUUGAAGAUGAUGAUGACUUGGGGGGAAUCAACAUUGCUGCUGCUAGACAGAGAUUACAGGAAGAAGACAAGUUUGAUAAACAGUUACACCGAGAAAAAGUCAAACAGAAACACAGGGAGGAAAGAUUCAAGAAGAAAGAUGAGAGACGGAAGAAGCAGCAGGCUGCUGAGGAGCACAGUGAUAAUGAUGCAAUGUUGAACACUGAAGCAGGUGCAUCUGCCAUUGACUUGAUUCCUGACCCAGAAAAGAUUUAUGGAACUGGAGGCUCUUUUGAUGAUGAUGAUGAUGAUACUAGAGACUCUUAUGAUGAUGAUGAUGAUGAUGAUAGACCAAGCCAGGCAAAGAGAAUGAGACCAUCAUCACCUGAUGUGGAGGAAAGUGACAAGGAAGAUGAGAGUGAUGAUGUGCAUUCAUCAGAUGAUGACCCAGGAGACAGGAAACUUGGUGUGGAUGAGAGACUUGAAGUGGAGGAGGAAAUGGCACUUCGCUUGUUGCGUGGCUGUGUGUAAUGGCUUGAAUGUCAUCCGUCUUUGAGACUCAAGACUUGAAGGCUUGUGAUUCAGGCAACAGUGUACAGAUGUGAAUAUUGUGUACAUAAAAUUAUCAUCAGAAAA